AUGUACGAGCCACCGUAUUUCUACAUUUGGUACGACCGUUUCCUCGUGCCGAUCUCGAUUUCAUUGAACUCAUUUGUCAUUUAUUGCAUUGUCCACAAGACGCCGCCUGAAAUGCGUGAAUAUAAGCCACUGCUUCUUGGGUGUCAGGCAUGUUCGAUUCAAGCAACUGGAGCCUUUUGGGUGUGCGCAUCGGUCACCACCCUUACUCAAGUAUUUUUCUACAAAUGGCAGAACUUGCUGCUGGAUUCGAGCCGUUUCAAAUUUGGCCUACUCGGUCAACUUCUUUGGUUUUGGAUCAUUCAUAUUAUGUUUGCCGUUUGGUUUCUGCUGGCAAUUGAGAUAGUUCCGUUGGAGAAAGGUGGAAAGGCAUCCGGCUAUCUUUGGGAAAUGGCCAAGCAAUUUCCCUCAUUCGACGAUUUCUCGCUAGACGAUAGUAUUUACGUGAGCGCGCUGCGACCAAUGUGGCCUCCAAUUAUCGAUGAGGGCCAUGAAUCGAAGAGCCGACUCUACAAAAUGCUCUCGAUUUUUGCGAUUCUUGGAGUCAUCUUACUCUCAAGUGUCGCUUAUUCGAGAUAUCCGGGCGAUCGAGAAGCAAAUCGUCGACCGAGAAACACCGAUGAUGAUGGCCAAGUUCUCUUGGAUGUUUGCCGAAAUCGAAUGGAUGAGAAACUUCUCGAGAGCACUGCUGAGAUCGAGGCUCAAAAAAGACUCUUCAAUGAGAGCUUGAUGAAAUGGGAGCAACAAAUCACCGAGCUCAAAUCGCAAAUCGCGAGCCAACAGAACAAGUGUCGCCAAGUAUGCAAUCAACCUCAGCCGAAGUGUCCAAAUUGUGUCCCCGAUUCUCCGUGUCCAAGUGCUUGGGUCUACUCGUCAAAGUUGAAGCAGUGCUACAAGCACAUUUUUGACGUCGAUUUUGCGACAGCUGAUCGAACUUGCCGCUUGAUGAACUCGCAUUUGGCCUCAAUUCAUUCCGAUGAGGAGAACGAGCUGCUCCUGGAUCUCGGAAGAGCCGGUACGACAAUGCCCGAGUGGCGACUGGUCCCCUUGAUCGGAGGAAAGAGGACGGGUCCCGGCAAAAACGAUUGGAUUUGGGUGGACGGAAGCCCGUUCAACUACACCAAAUGGUCGGCCGGACAACCGGAUUUCGCCGCAAAUGUCGAGUCUUGUCUUCAGCUCUGGCCGGAUCGGAUGGCUGGCUUCGGCACGGACACCUAUCAACUCAACAAAUGGAACGACUACGUAUGCGACCUUCGCUAUCGAGUGGCGAUUUGUAAGCAGCCGGCCAAAUAU